GAUGUCAAGGACGCCAGGCCUGUGCUCCACCAUGAUCAACACGUACCAGACCAGCCUGGCUCCUCCGCCGGUGCCUCCACGCCUCAACAGGUCUCACCCGGUCCUCAUCCCAGCUCCUGUAACAUCCCGGAGCUACAGCAAGUCUCUCAUUCGCUUUAUGGUUGGUGUAGUGAUGCUGCAUUUAGUGCUGUCUGUGGUUGGAUUCAUCUUCCUGUACAACAAGGGCAGAAUAAUGGGCAAUUAUCAAACUGAAGGCCCCAAAGGACAAACUCCAGGAAUAGUUGAUUUUUUUCCACCAGAAAAGCUGCAAACAUCAAACAGAAUCAUGGCACGCAUGAUGGUUAAGGAACCUUCAUCAAACCUGCAAUCUAAAUCGGGUUAUCUCAAGUGGGACACAAAAUCCAGUCAUUUAAGUAAUGGAGUCAACUACUACCUGGAGAGCUGGUUGACUAUUAUGGAGCCGGGUGAUUACUACGUCUACUCCAGGGUGACUUUCUCCAGGAGCAACUCAACGACACCACUGGCCAAUAGGAUAAAGUUAAGAAAGAGUAAGAGUGAGACUGAGAAACAAACUAAAACUAUAAUGCAGGCCUUCUGCCACCUGGACACGUCAAAGGUGUCCGACAUGUGCACGGCCAUGCAGGGAGACGUGAUCUCACUGAAGAAAGGGAACCAGCUCAGUGUUUGGGUAGACGACCUGUCACUGGUGGACUACGAGGAAGGAGCCACAACUUUUGGAUUGUACAGUCUGUAGGACUUCUACGUAAAAAAAUGGACAUAUCUACACUGAAGGGUAGACGUACAAACUGGACAGCCUCAAAGGUGGACUACACGUUUAAAGAACACUGUAAAACAGACUGGAUAAUUCAGAUCAAACUGAUGGUUUCAGAUCCUUUUAGUGGAUUUCAGCGAAACAAGACCAGACUUCAAACUAUAAUUUAUUAAACUGAAUUACUUGUGUUUUUUUGUGUUAUUUCUGACAUUGUGGAUAGUUUGUCUGUAUUUAUUGAUAUGAAUUUUAAGCUUAAAGAUUUAUGGAUGUAUGAAUGAAUGAAAUUUGAAUAUUUAAUCAAAAAUAUUCCUUCUCUUGUCUUCAGUUUGUCUUCAGGGUCAGUUUCAAACAAUACAUUCACAUUAGAAUUUCCAUUAUUCAUUUAUACACCUACACAGUGUUAUAUUCUGAUGUUGUGAAAGAAAUAUUUUAUUAAUCACAUUAGUAAUAUGGAACUAAAUAUCUGCAAAAAAAUGUUUUCCUUCUGCCUGCAGAGACAUUCAGAAAUGCCUCUAAGGCACAUAACCUACAGAUUUCUGUUGCCGACGUAUACCACUAUGGUUUUACAUUUCUAGGACACAAAAAACCACACAGCAAAGAUGUAUUUUCUCAUGACGCCAAGCCACAGGAUCAUCAAAGAUAAAGCCUUUAGCUCAAAAAUAGCAAAGACAGCACAUGCAGAAAGACAUGUUUUCACCAGUUAGAGACAGAUAAUAAAUGUGUAUUGAUUUUUUUCAACUACAGCUGGUCAGCGUUUUGUCUUCUGUCUCUUCAACCAUUGUUUCCAGUAUUUACUACAUUAUAUUUGACCCUUUG